CUGUGGUGUUUUGAAUCAAGAGGUGUUUUUUUUUAUCAUUUCAUUUUUUACGUGCCGGAAAAAAAUUUGUUAAAAAUGUCCACUUCUUCAGAUUUGGAUCAAGAAAUAAUUGACAAACUUCGUCAUGAUACAGUGAAAAAAUAUCGAACAUUUAUCGAUGAACUAUAUUCGGAUAUCGAAAAUGUUAAUGAUAAAUUUGAUUUCAAUGAUUCCUAUAGUGGUUUUAGUUCAUUCACAUUUUUCGAUGAACAUCGACAAUUUUAUGCUCGUAAUGAAAAUAUCCUGUUUGAAGAGCAUACAAAUUUCAUGGAAUUAUUACAAACAUGUGGCAAUACUCAAUUGAAUAAAUUAAUGCUAGUAUUUGCUUCAUUGGUGGAUGAAAUGAAUGAAUUGUCCAUUAUGGGCAUCAAGAAAUUUAUCGGUCCAAUUCUGUUAUAUCGUGAAGAUAAUGUUAUCAAUUUGGCAGCAAAAGAAGCGAUAGUUUUGGAUGUAAAAACCGACAAUGAUAAAUAUACAAACAAAAUGAUUGAUGAAGAUGAUGAAUUUUCAGCUGUUGCAUCCAUACUGCCAAUUUUAUUUAAUUUAAUAUGUUAUGUAAAACGUUGCUAUGAAGUGGCCACCAAUCUGAUUAUGCAACAACAUACAUUUCUUUUGUAUGCAAAUGUCAAAACAAAAGAUAAACAAUUUCAGACAUCAUUACGAGAAAUAUUGCCAGAUUUAAAUGAAAAUAUUCGAUUUGAUAUUGCAUGGGAAUCAUUCGCAAAUCUAGCCACAACAUUGAUCAAUCUUGACCAGGUAUUCAGUCAACAAUCAUCAGUAAUACGACGUGAUAUUUUCAAUUAUAAAAGAUCAUUGGAAACCGUAUUGAGAGAUCUAUCGCAUUAUCAUCUUGAAAAUCGUGAAAAUGAAAUUCAAUCUUUAAUGACAAUUAUCAAUGAAAUUGAACGUGAAUUAUUGGAAGGUUCAAUAGCGGGAACACAUUCAUCCACAUCGACAACAAUGAACAGAACGUUUCAAUGUAUCGAUUCAAUGUUUUUCAAAGGCCUUGUAGUUUCAAUAAUAAAUUUGAAUAUUGCCGAAAAUGAAACGAUAUUGAAAAAUUGCCAUUUAAAUGAUAAUAUGGCCUCUUACAUACGUAAUGUGUGCACAGAAUUGGAACAAAGUGAAGAAAAAUUUAUUGAUGAAUAUCGACUUUUAUCCGUAACGACUUUUUUCUCUUUAUACAUACACAUGUUUUGGAAAGAUUCGGAUAAAAAAUUAUUGAAAAUACUGAUCGAUCAGCAGAAAAAAUUCAAUAUAAUCUAUGUACAUCUUCCGGGCAAUAUAAAUAUUUCACCUGAUCAAAUGCUUCUGUAUACACUACCCAGACAAUUAGCCGAUACCAAAAUGUUUGAUCAUUUUGUUAAUCAACGUGAACUAUUAAUGAAAUCCGGUUUUAUUGAUCAUCAAAUGAAAUCAUUGACGCCGAUGAUAACACAAUGGCUAGUUACCACUGAACAAUCAUUCAAUUCAGGAUUCUAUAAUGAUAUCGGUGAUGGUGAUGCUUUGAAUCAGGUGUUCAUCCAUAUUCAAUUAAUGAAAGAUGGUUUCGAACACAUACGACAAUUAUCGAAUCUAAUACGUAAUUGUAUUGCAAUUCAUUGUCAAUGUAAUUGUCCAUUAUCGAAAAUCGAUACGAUAGCCCUUUGUAAAGCAAUAAUAUUGUUGCAAGGAAUUAAACGAUUUUUUUCAAGACACAAGAAAAUAUUGAUCGAAGUGACAACACAUUAUCAAAAAUAUAAUGCUUGUGCAAUAUUGAAUAUAUUGACCAGAACAAAACGUAAACUACUGAAUAAUGUUACAAAUUAUUCCGAACAAAAACUGGAUCUUUUAUCAUCAAUAAUUCUUUGUGCUAAUUGUUUGAAUGGACCUGUAAUUACAUCGAAACGUUUUAGUUUGAUAUCAUUAUGUUUUGCUUAUUGUACAUCUAAUGUGGAUCUUUUCACCAAUGAUGAUUUGACGAAAAUACAAAUACUCACCAAUCGUUUAGCAUUCUUUUUGAAUAUAUUCAACAUCAUCAGUCAAAUGUUUGAUUGUCAAUAUCUUUAUUUCAAUAAUGAAAUUAUCAAAGUUUAUUUUCGUCAUUUUUACGACUCGUUUGGUAGCCAAUCCAUCGGCUGUACUGAUAUUAAUGAUUUACAAUAUUUUUUUGCCGCAAUUUCCGAUUCAAUUCCAUUGCUACAUUCAAUUGAUGAUGAAACAAAAUCGGAAAAACUUAUACAAGCUUAUGUUGAUGAUGUUUUACGUACAUUCAAGUUACAAUUUUUAAAUCCAGUUUGUAAAGAUUUUGAAGAUGAAUUACGAUUCCUGACACAUUUGGAUCUUCAACUUGGCGAUAAAAAUCCAUUCAAACGGAAUUAUAAAGAUUUUUCAAAACUUUUAAGCGCAGAAUUGAUGAAAAUUUUUUAUGGACGAAAAAUCAUUUGGUUUAAAAAAUAUUUUGAAAAUUUUCUCAAUGAACUUGCAUACAAUAUGACAACAAUAGCAUUGCAUGAUUGGAAAACAUAUGAAUCAAUGUUGGGAUUUGCACAUUCAAAAUUUGGUCUGGAAUUUGCAUCGCUUCAAUUGCCAACGCAAACAUUGGAACAAGGACUUGAUGUAUUGGAAAUCACACGUAAUAUUCAUAUAUUUGUUGCAGCUUACAUGUAUAAUUUGAAUAAUCAAUUUUUUGUCGAAAGAAAUUCUUCAAACAAACAUCUGAAUGUUCUUACCAUUCGACAUGUGGCGAAUUCGGUUCAAACACAUGGUUUUGGUAUAUUGAAUUCAACCGUAAAUUUUGCAUAUCAAUUUCUACGGAAAAAAUUGCAAACAUUAUUUCAAUUUCUUCAUGAAGAACAUAUCAAAUCUCGAUUGAUAAAAGAUAUUCGUCAUUUUCGUGAAAUGAUGUCCAAUGAAGAAAUGAAUCGUAUUUCGGCUAAUAAUAAUGGUCUUUCUGGCAGACUGGCUAAAUUUCCAUUUGAACGUGCGGAUAAAUUUGUAAAAGGAAUUCGUAAACUUGGCAUCGCUAAAGAUGGUAUGACAUAUUUGGACAAAUUUCGUCAAUUGCUUACACAAAUCGGUAAUGUAAUGGGAUUUGUACGGAUGCUUCGUAGUGGUGCAUUACAUUGUACGGCGGAAAUUGCCAAUUUUGUACCAGAUCUUGAUGAUUUGAAACAAACCAUAUUUGAACGAAUGGUCCAAGAAGAAUCAACCGAAAAUCAAUUAGCUGAAGAAACAUUUGAAGCUGCUCGUAAUUUAGAUUCUGUAUUGAAAACGGUAGCAGAUAAUUAUUCUGAAGCAACUGAUUAUUUUAAAUUAUUGGUCGAAGUAUUUGCACCAACAUUUCGUGAUACGAAACAUGUUCAUUUGCGUAAUUUUUAUGUAAUAUUACCGGCCACUACAUUGAAUUAUGUUGAAUAUAUUAUCCACUGUAAAGAGAAAUUGGCAAGAAAAAAUAAACAAGAAGGUGCAUCGUUUACUGAUGAUGGUUUUGCUUUGGGUGUAAUUUAUGUAUUGAAAUUAUUGAAUCAAUUGAAUGAUUUUGAUUGUUUACAAUGGUUUGCAUCGAUAGAUGAUUAUGUUCGACAAUCAAUGCCUCAAAAAUUUGAAACAGAAGAAUCCAUUGCUGCCACCAACUUAAUAAAUCGUCCUCAAUCAUCAUCAACAACAGCAUCGAAUGAUCAUGUUGAACAAACACGAAGCUUAACAAUCAAACGAAUAGAAAUGUUUCAUCGUGAAUUUCAACUACUCAAAUUUAAUAUGACAAGCUGUCGAAUUUUAUUUAAAUCAUCAAAUUUUUGA